AUGGUGUCAUCACGAUCGCUGACUUGGACGUGUCUUCUGGUUCAACUGGUAAUGUCUGUCGUAUGCCUGGUUGCUUCGAUGGCUGUCAUUGCUGCCAAACUUCAAUCCGUAUCAAUCUAUGAGGACAAGCAGUUUGUCAGCAUCGAAUGGUGGGCCUUCUCAUGUCUGAGUUUUGCUAUGAUUCUGGCCACCGUCACUUCGAUGAUUGGUCUGUCGAACAACAAAAACUUUCUUCUUCUACCACAUCUAUUCCUAUUGGUAAGUUCCAGUCAAAUGGUUCAAUAA